AUGUCCUUUCAAUUGCACCUUAUUGUGGUGGUGAUUUCGCUUUUGGCUGAAAGCUACAGAGGAGUGGGCCAGGCAGUGAAUGCAAAGUACAAACUGCCAGAACAUUUCCAGUGGAGUAAAUUGGGGCCAACCACCAUUGAAUUACGUUGGGAUGCCGACAGAUUGGCUUCACGAGGCUGGAGCGAUCUGAUUAUGGUAGCAUUUUUACCUUCUACUCGCACACCCAAUUAUACACAUGUACCUUUUUCGACCGGCAAAGCCGCUAUAGACGGAUUGUUGCCCAAAACGUUGUACAAUGUGUCUGUGGAGACAUAUGGAGCAAGGAGCGGUGAAUUAAUUUGGCUCGGACCAGUUGAAACAUCGCCCAUUGGUAAGCUAGCACGUGUGACUAUGAUGUGCAUCUCCAUGUCGGUAAAUGUCAUGGUUAUUCACAUAGGGAAGGGACAAAGCGCUGCCACAAGUAGCGCAUCUGUCUCAACCUCCACAGUCUCUGGGCUGGUGUCUGCUUGCAUUGCAGCAGUCAUUGCUUCAGCUUUCGCGUAA